AUGGCACAUUAUCCAACUCCAGAUACACAUGAUCUUUACAUCUCCUGUAUCAAAUCAAUAAUAGGCUGUUCAAGUUUAAGAAUUUAGAAUGUCUACCAAUAAAACUAGAAGAUUGGCAUUAUCUAGAUCCAACAUUAAAACAACUAUUUGUGCAGUAACAUUAAAUAAAGCAAUGCAUUCUUGCAUGAAGUUUAACAUGCCUAACAAGCAUAUAUACUAAAUAUGAGGAACAAUAUAAAUAAAUCAAACUGGAAGUUAAACAAUUUAUUUAAUGCGAAUGCUAAAAGCAGAGAAGAUAAAGUGAAGGAGUGGUUAUAUUAAAAGUUACACCAAAUUAUUGUUUGUUCUACACUAGGUAACAUUGUUUCACUAGAUGACUGUGCUGUCUUUCAUUAAAAACAACCAGAUGGAAGUAUCAAAAUUUCAGGUACUACAUGA